AAGCUAUGCUUUGGUAUCCUAUUCCUAUAUUAUCGAGGGGGUCGCCUUUAUUUAUUAUAUAGAGAGCGAGAGAGACGAAAAAUUUGGAUAAAGAAAAAAAUGGGAGGAAUUCUGUCGGCCGUGUUGGGAGGAAAUGAGGUUUUGUCGUCGCCGGCAUCAUCAGAGUCUUGGAGAAUCAAGACUUUCAACUCAGCUGUUGAGUGGAAAAGCUUCUUUGAUACUUUUGAAGCCAAUAAGCUGAUGGUGAUAGAUUUCUCCGCCAAAUGGUGCGGGCCGUGCAGGAUGAUGGAGCCGAUAUUUGGAAGAUUGACUAUGGAUUAUCCAGAGGUUGAAUUUGUGAAGAUUGAUGUCGAUGAAUUGCCUAGUGUGGCCCAGGAAUACGGGAUUCAGGGUAUGCCGACGUUUGUAUUGGUGAAGGAUAGAACUGUAAAGCACACGGUGACUGGGGCCAAGGAAAAAGAGCUCAAGGAAAAGAUAAAAUCAUUUCGUUAAAAGGUAAUCUUCAUAUAACACUUAUAUAUUUGUCAUUUGUAUCACUGGUAAUUUUAAUCGACGCAAUUAUCUUCUAGAAUUUUGGGGUUGUAUCAAAUGAAACAUUAGUUAAGGGGAACUGUAAACAGACAUUUUUUUUUUCCUUUAUAAAGAUAAAUGGGUAAGUUUAAGUUUGUCUUCUUCUUCAUCAAACAUCAAGACCCUUUUCCUUCACUUGUUUUUCUUGAUAAUACUCUUGGGCAGUUGAUACAUGUGAGACCAGCUAGUGGAAAAUUAGACCCACUAUUCUCAAACAGGUUUGAAAUUUGGGAUUGCGGACCCAUCCGUGCAAACUCUAUAGUUAAUCAUCUUCGUGGAUCAUGUAUGAACGUGGAAUAAUCUUGGUGUUAGGAUGAGUUUUCCACAGAUGGGCAUCGGUGGAUACCAAAUUAACAGUUUAGGAAAAAGGUUUUGAUGUUUUGAUGAAGAAGACAUUGUAAAACUACCAACUUAUCUUUGGAGAAAAAAUCUGUUGAAGAUUACUAAUUCUGUUAACUAAUGUGCUAAGUUACAAUGAUAAAAUACAGAAGCUAAUUGGUUUGAUUAAAAUGUUAGAGAGUGAUUUGAUAUAAAUGGCAAAAUAUAGUGUGUUUUAUGAUGAUCACUAUGUUUUUUAAGUCUGAAGUGAAAUCAUGUUAGCCAAAAAGCGCAUGUGAAUAAAGAAAGCUUGAAGCUUUCAGCAUGGAAAAGCUACCUUGUCUGUUGUGUGAAGUUUGUGUUUAGCUGUGAGUUGAUGAUAAUUUAUUAUUGAUAA